AUGGUGAUGCAGCUCAAGUCUUGGUCUCACCGGUGGAGUGUUUUGGGCGACUGUGAAUCGCGCGGUUUCGGUGAGAGGGAGAGGAUGAGCUUAAGACAAGAAAAUGACGAUUUGACAAAGGAAAUUGAGCAACUUCGUGUUGAUCGAAGUUCUGAUGUUGAAGAAUUAGUUUACCUCAAGUGGAUAAAUGCUUGCUUACGUUAUGAGUUGCGGAAUUAUCAGCCUCCAACUGGUAAAACUGUGGCAAGGGACUUGAGUAAAUCACUAAGCCAUGAAUCUGAAGAAAAAGCCAAGCAGCUAAUACUUGAAUAUGCAAACACUGAAGGGACAGGGGAUAAGGGCAGUCAUAUUGAUUUCGAAUCUGAUAGAUGGACAUCCCCUACUUCCCUUCUUACUGACUCGGGAGAGUAUGAUGACUUUUCCGCUGAUAAUUCAUCUGCUACAAAAACCCAUACCUCGAGUAAGCAUAAGUUGUUCAACAAGCUUAGGAGGAUUAUACGAGGUAAAGACACCCACAAUGAUCACAACCUUUCAGAAGAUAACUAUUCUGCAUAUGGCAGUUCAAGUAAAUCAGUGGCUGCUUAUGGUGGAAAUGAGGGUCAGGGCAACAUAUUCUCAUCUCAUAAUUCUUCUCGUGCUUCAUUAGAUCUUCCCAGAUGGAAGAGUCCAAAGGAACAUGAUUCUAAGGAUACACACAGUGUUCAUAGACAUAGUGAUGUGGGAGUCUUCCCAGGGUACAAGAGAUUUAUCCUAGAUGGGGAAGUUUCUAGUGAUUCCCCUCCAAAAGAUCGAUCUGAUCAUGACUCGGACUCUGCAGAAAAAUCUGAGUUGGCGAAAUAUGCAGAAGUUUUGAAGACCUCUCGCACUGGUACACCAGCUCUCAAACUCAAUGUACAUAGAAAAUCAUCAUCAGCAUCUUAG